CAAGCAAUCCAGGCUGUUGAAAUUAGUUGGGGUUCAUCUGGGCCAUGUCCUGAAGCAUAAAGGUGGAGAAACCUUGACUGGAUCAGUAACUAUUUCUGCAACUCAAAGACAGAAAUAUAUAAAAAGAAAAUACCAUCACCAGCAAAAUCAAGAAGUCUUUGCAGGGACUGCCAAUCCCUUAUCAUGAAGGGUUCAAAGUAAUCAGUUUGUUUCUUUUCCUAAGUUUCUUUUUUUUCCCCAUUGGAGGCCCCCAUCUUUUCCUCACAGUUCUGACAAGGUUGUUGAAGAGUUUAUCAUUUGAUUAGGAUCUGCAUAGGUAGGAGGGUAGACGGGAGAGAAAGAUAGAAAAUAACCUUUUCUCAAAUCCUUUUAUCAGGCAAUGAAUAUAAAUAUGGGCUGUUGCCUUCUCAAAGUCUAAGCGAGAUGUACAGUCUGUUCUGAUUGCAUGAACUCUUCUUCUGUCAGGAGGCCCGAUGUGGUUAUGUUAUCAUAGUGAUGGCACUGUUUUGGUGCACAGAAGCCUUGCCGUUGGCUGUGACAGCUCUCUUUCCUGUCUUGCUGUUCCCACUAAUGAAUAUCAUGGAUUCAACAACAGUCUGCCGGGAGUACUUGAAGGACACCAAUAUGCUUUUUAUUGGGGGACUGCUGAUGGCCAUUGCGAUUGAGAAUUGGCACCUACACAAGCGUGUUGCUCUGCGGGUCUUGCUUAUCACUGGUGUCAGACCAGCCCUACUCCUCAUGGGUUUCAUGAUUGUGACCGCCUUCCUGUCAAUGUGGAUCAGCAAUACUGCCACCACUGCCAUGAUGGUCCCAAUAGCACAAGCAGUGUUGGAACAGUUGCACAAGUCAGAAAUGGAGUCUAGCACAGCUAGCCAAGCAUCUGAAAACAUCAACAAAGCCUUUGAACUGCAGGAAAAGUCAACUAAACCAGAUAGCUCCAAAGAAACAGAGGAAGAAGGUAGUAGUCAUGUCCUGACAGUCGAGGAAGACAGAACGAGAAAUGAAAAUCUGCGAGAGGAGAAACACAAGAAAUUCUGCAAGGGAAUGUCUCUCUGUAUUUGUUACUCGGCCAGUAUUGGAGGGAUUGCAACUCUGACUGGGACAACACCAAAUCUGGUACUGCAAGGACAAGUUGAGGAGCUCUUUCCUAACAAUGGCAAUAUCAUCAACUUUGCCUCUUGGUUCUCCUUUGCCUUCCCCACCAUGAUCAUGUUACUGGUUUUGGCGUGGAUUUGGCUGCAGAUACUGUACUUGGGCUUUAAUUUUCAGAAGAAUUUCGGUUGUGCUGCAAAUGCCUCUGCAAAGGCUAAGGCGAAACAGGCCUAUGACAUUAUCAAGGAAGAGAGCAAGAAAUUGGGCUCAAUGAAAUUUGCAGAAAUAGCAGUUUUGAUCCUCUUCAUACUACUGGUACUGCUCUGGUUUACAAGAGACCCUGGUUUCAUACCAGGUUGGGCAACAGUUCUUUUCAACAAAAAUGAUACAAGCUAUGUCACUGAUGCUACAGUUGCCAUCUUCAUUUCAGUUUUGUUGUUCAUCAUCCCUUCUGGCAUUUCUAACAAUGACAGAGACAAACACCAAACAGGCAGCAAGUCAAAGAUCCGAGCACCUCCAGCUCUCUUGGACUGGAAAGUAGUUCACCAGAAAAUGCCAUGGAACAUUGUGCUUCUGCUGGGAGGUGGCUUUGCCUUAGCCAAAGGCAGUGAGGAAUCUGGUCUGUCUUCAUGGUUAGGUAGCAAACUGACUCCUCUGCAGCACAUCCCUCAUCCAGCUAUUGCUCUCCUGUUGUGCCUCCUUAUUGCCACUUUCACUGAGUGCACCAGCAAUGUGGCCACUACUACCCUCUUUCUCCCUAUUCUGGCUUCAAUGGCUGAAGCGAUCUGCCUCAAUCCACUCUAUGUCAUGCUGCCCUGUACACUUUCUGCAUCAUUGGCAUUCAUGCUCCCAGUGGCCACUCCUCCUAACGCCAUUGUCUUCUCAUAUGGACAACUCAAGGUUAUAGAUAUGGCCAAAGCUGGGUUUGUACUCAACAUCCUGGGAGUUCUGACCAUAACUCUAUCCAUCAACACCUGGGCUUCAUCUUUGUUCCAACUGCAAACUUUCCCAUCUUGGGCAAAUAAGACAGGUACAUGCCCAUAAUAUGGAGAGGCAAGGGAACCAACAACUGUUUCUGUUAGAACUGCAGUGAGAGCAAGACUAUAACCUAACAAGUUUUGCCGAGGCAGCGGUUACAGGCCUGUUCUGUGGAAAAGGACAAGCCACCUACAAGGAAAAUCAUUCAGUUGGUAACAGCAAUAAAAUUGCCUAACAGUGCUGUUUAGUAGGCAAUUUUGUUACCCCAGCAGUAAGACGAGGUAACCUUUGGCUUUUCAACUGUUCCAGGUAUCUUUAGUUUUUCUGUCUCUGCAGGGGUAGAUUUGCCCUGAGUGCUAGCUACAUUGCUUUUCAAGCUCCACCUGUAAAGUCUGAAA